CAUGGUUUUGAGGUUCACAAGGAUUUCGCAGUUGUUGUUUGCGAGGCUGUAUUUGAGUUAAACAAAAUUUUAUCGAGAACACAAGGUCUUUUGCCUACUGAAACAAUUCAAAUCAAGAUACAUGUUGGACUCAUUAAUGGCACGUCCAUUAACAUGGGUGUGAUCAGACCAAUAUUUAAUAAUGAUAAGACAGCGAUACUUUUUGCAUAUGAUCAGGACAUUGUCUCUUAUAACAUUCAAACAGGUUGUCAACAUGAUAAUGUAGAAAAUGUUCUUGAUUUAAUAAUAUAUUUUCAGCAAAUUGUGUGCAGAGACGGACUAGUUAUCAAGGACUUCCUGGAAAAAUCGACAACUCACCAUAAUCAAAGUAUUUUGAAGGCAAUGCCAAAACUCCCAAAGAUAGCGGAAAAAUCUCGAGAAGCGCUCACUAAGAUAACACCUAAGAAAAAACGGGUCAA